AUGCAUGUACGCAAUCAGCUUCAGAUUAUGUGCGAUGAUUAUGGACGCCUAGCCGUUGUAGAUGACGAAUAUGUGGGGUUUGAGGAGGACUUUCAACUGCAUGAUUUAACCAGUAUCUUCAUUUUACGUACUACAGUCCGAGCUGGAGCGCAUAGGAUUUCACUUGAUCAGCGAUACCGUGGCCGCUAUGUAGCAUUUGUUUAUGGUAGCGAUAGAACGCAUUCGUUCGGUUAUAGUCUUCCCGCAAGCGGUAUGUUUUUUUAA